AUGUUUUCAGUUGCUGCAAUACAAAUCGUACAGGCGACAAACGAAAAUGUUCCUAGAGCCAAACGGUAUGAAAAUGGAUAUGGGUGGAACUGGAGUUCUAUUAGUUUACAAGACACAACGCCAUUAAUUGUUAGCCAGAGACAAUUUACUCCAACAACAACAACACCAACAACGGAUGAUGUCUAUCCGUGUCCUCCGCCGCCGUUAGUCCAGCCAAAUUUCACCGCUCCAGGCCGCAGAAAAAGUGUAACAAAAUGUUACGAAUAUAUCUGGCAGUUAAAAGCUCGCGUGGAUAAAGCAGAUGCGAAUAAAAGAUGUAGUAAGUAUUAUUCGGACGCCCCCUUUGUUUUAGGAGGUCGUAAUACAACACCCGGAGAAUUUCCUCACAUGGGAGCUAUAGGCUGGAAAAGUGUUACUGGCACAUGGUUAUUUAAUUGUGGGGGCACACUAAUUAGCAAGAAGUUUGUUCUAACUGCUGGACACUGUAUAAAAGCAUCUCCUUUAGAUUCCAGAAUUGCUGACCUAAUACCAAAAAUUAUAAAAUUUGGGUCUAAGAACUUAAAUGAUGCCUAUGAAAGAGAUAUCGGUAGAAUCAUACCGCACCCUGAGUAUAAACCUCCGAGGCAAUAUUUUGAUAUAGCGUUAAUAGAACUCCAGUAUGAACUAUUUUUUAAUAAAGAGGUACAGCCAGCAUGUCUAUGGCCCAAAGUUGAUGACAGUUUUGGUAAACAAGCUACAAUAACAGGAUGGGGUCUUUAUGAAAAAGGUAACCGAAACACAUCGGUUGAACUACAGGCUGGUGACUUAAGCAUCAUAGACUCCAGUAAUUGCAACCGGCUGUUAAGAACCUCAUCGAACAGACAUUGGGAUGGAAUUAUGAACCAUCAGCUCUGCGCAGGGAAGCUGGAAGGUGGCAUUGAUGCCUGUCAGGGUGACUCGGGAGGUCCAUUGCAGGUGAGGAUCCCAAUACCAGCUCCAUAUGAUAAACGUGAAGCGCAGAUGCACUACGUCAUUGGAAUCACGUCCUUUGGCAUCGGCUGCGCUCUACCGAACUUACCCGGAGUGUACACUAGAGUGUCCAGCUUCCUGGAUUGGAUCGAAAAUAUUGUAUGGGCAAAUGAAUAA